AUGGCCGGGAUGCUAGCUCGGCGCCCUUACUUCCGCAGGCGCUUCGGUCAGCUGACGCGUCCGGCCCCGCCCCUGAAGCGGAUCACGUGCUCCGCGGGCUGGCUUUGCCUAGAGUGGCCACGUGGGUGCCUUGCGGGUAAGUCCAGUUUCCUCCUUAGUCCGGAUCGGGCAGGAUUUCUCAUCCUUCCGUCGGAUGGGCUUGGCAGGCUUGAUCUCGAAGGGAAGGAGGGAGGAAUGGAGAGCAGAAGCGGAAAUAAACCGGGAGAAGAGUUGGAUCGAAGAUCCGAUACCCUUUUAAAAUUUGGUUUUUUUUUACGGGGGGGGGGUGGCUGGCAAAUUGGGCUGUUACUUCCAUUUCGAUUAUGUGUUUUGUGGUUUUGUAUUUUGAUUUUAUUCUGCGAUCUCUGGGUCUACAAAUGCAAUAAAUAAUAAUAAAUCGGAUUCAUUGGAGGGCGUCGUUGAUUUGUCGCAACGGUGCUAGUUGCAAUCGAAAGAUGCCCUCUGGGUUUCAAGGAUCGCCCGCCUCAAUCCAGAGUGUGGUGGCAUGUUUGCAACGUAAUAAUGCGUGCUUCGCCAGGGAGGCAAGGAUGUCGCAUCUCUGUCCCCUAAAUGCCCCUGCAAAAAAGGCAAUAUGGAUGUAGCCAAGUUGGGGGGGAGCAGGUAUUGUGCACAAUGAAGGUACAGACACACUAAAUGCCCUCUAUCUUGUAUAAGUGAGGCAGAUAUCCUAUAAUGCUACUUUUCCAGUUGUUUGUAAUAAUAGAGGCAGUUAGCUUGUUAGUUAAUAUUAUUAAUUUAUGAUUUAUACCCUGCCCAUCUGGCUGAGUUUCCCCAGCCACUGUGGGCUGCUCCCAAUCAAGUGUUAAAAACAAUACAGCAUUAAAUAUUAAAAAGUUCCCUAAACAGGGCUGCCUUCAGAUGUCUUUUAAAAAUAGAAUAGCUGCUUAUUUCCUUGACAUCUGAUGGGAGAGCGUUCCACAGGGCGGGCGCCACUACCGAAAAGGCCCUCUGCCUGGUUCCCUGUAACCUCACUUCUUGCAGUGAGGGAACUGCCAGAAGGCCCUUGGAGCUGGACCUCAAUGUCCGGGCUGGAUGAUGGGGGUGGAGACGCUCCUUCAGGUAUACUGGGCCGAGGCUGUUUAGGGCUUUAAAGGUCAACACCAACACUUUGAAUUAUGCUCGGAAACUGGGAGCCAAUGCAGAUCUCUCAGGACUGGUGUUAUAUGGUCCUGGCAGCCACUCCCAGUCACCAGUCUAGCUGCCGCAUUCUGGAUUCAUUGCAGUUUCCAGGUUAUGUGCUGAGUACAAGGUACAGAUAACAACAACAACAACAAUAAUAAGUUUUAAAUUUAUAUCCUGCCCAUUUUGCUGAGCUUCCCCAGACACUCUGGGCAGUUUACAAACAUACAGAAAAACAAAACAUAGCAUCAAACAUUAAAAAAAACCAAAAUCUAUACGAGCUACAAACAAACCAAUAAAUCAAUAGAAACCAAUAAUGUUUGGAUUUGAGCUGCAAAACACUAACCCCGCUUCCUCCAGAUUGGUUCUCCCCUUUAUUGAUUUACCCUGGCGUUGGACCAUUAGGACCUGGUAAGGGCAAAAAAGCAAAACAAGGCAAUCAACAAAACACUCCAGUAAAAAUCGAUGCACAUUGAUUUUUCCUGGCUUUGUUUUUAAGACGGCUGUUUGACAAGGCCGUGCGCCCUGUUAAAAGAACCUCCGCUGUAUUUCGUAUUCCAACCCCCUUUUAUCUGCUGCCGUUUCAACAACAACAACAACAACAAACACUUUGGCUGAAUUAAUGAUCCUUCAAAAGAUAAAAAUAAAAAGGGGGGAAUUAACUCAUGGUGAAAUGUUCAGUGUGAGCAAAGCAUCUUCUGUGUUGCUUGUUAUGGAAAAUUUGUGUUGAGCAAGGGGUCAAUUUUGUUUUUGGGUAUAUUUGUUCUAACAGCAUUUGUGGCAUAGGUACUGUGAAAUUCUUUGACUUUGUGCCAUGUUCCAAGUAGAAGUACCACUUUUUCUUACUUCUUUUUUCUUAUUACUAUUCUCUUCUCUCUACCCUUUCUUUUUCUUCUUUCUUACUCUCUUCUUUUUUCCUUUGAUAAGAUACGUAGAUUAAUGUUUCAGUUUGUGGGGAGGAGAGGAUAUUGCACAUAAGUUCUGUUUUUUCUCUUUAAUGAAAUUUAUUCAAAAAACCCCGAACAAACCACAAGGCAACUGACCUGGCUUAUAGUGUAACGUUUUCCACAAUCGAAUUCCAACACCUACUGGACCCAGGCAUUAUGGGGGUCUAGCACCCACAAACUCAUAACAGUGCCUUCUAUCCAGAUAACUAGAGAGGGAACAGAAAUGGAUAAGCUCAACAUGCUUGCAAUGUGAAGCUGUGCUGGUUUAGAGCAGUUUGGUGCCCAAAUCAGCAUCACGGUUAUUCUUUGUGCCUAUGGUGUUUGGCUCUGCAAAGAGAUGAUGACUGGUCAUUUAACCUUCCCCCUUUUUAAAAACUAAUUUUUAUUUGAUUUUACCAGCGUAGAGUUAUAACCAUACCAAAUACAUAUUUAGAGAUUUCUCUGAAUCUCUAGACUUCCCCCCCAUCCCCUCCAGGGGUCCUAUUGUCAACCUUUUCAACUGCACAUUAUUUCAUAAUCCAUAUUUUUAUAUCUCUCCAUCUUGUCCAUAAUGUUUGUUACAUUACAAGUGUUAAUAGAACCCUGCUAAUGUUUUCAUCGGCUUACAGUGGCCUCCUAAAUAAAUUACAGUUUCCCCCCAUUCUUUCUUGAAGUUUUUGUCUUCUUGGUUCCUGAGCUUCCGGUCAGUUUUGCCCUUUCAGCGUUGUCUAACAGCUUGGUUUGCCAUUCCUCUCUGGUCAGGACUGUAUCUUCUUUCCAUCUCUGGGCUGGUAGCAUCCGCGCGGCUGUUGUUGCAUACAUGAAAGUCUUUUCCUUUGUGAUGUCGGUACCUACAAUUCCUAAUAAAAAAGCUUCUGGUUUUUUUAAAAAAAAAUAAAGGUUAUUUCAAACAUUUUUUUCUAUUCAUUAUAGAUCAUUUCCCAGAAUGCUUUUAUUACCUUACACGACCAACACUUUUGGUAGAAGGUGCCUUCUUUUCCUUUACAUUUCCCUCAGGUAUUUGUACCUGUCUUAUACAUUUUUGCUAACUUGUUGUUGUUGUUUAGUCAUGUCCGACUCUUUGUGACCCCAUGGACCAGAGCACGCCAGGCACUUCUGUCUUCCACUGCCUCCCGCAGUUUGGUCAAACUUAUGCUGGUAGCUUCGAGAACACUGUCCAACCAUCUCGUCCUCUGUCGUCCCCUUCUCCUUGUGCCCUCCAUCUUUCCCAACAUCAGGGUCUUUUCCAGGGAGUCUUCUCUUCUCAUGAGGUGGCCAAAGUAUUGGAGCCUCAGCUUCAGGAUCUGUCCUUCCAGUGAGCACUCAGGGCUGAUUUCCUUCAGAAUGGAUAGGUUUGAUCUUCUUGCAGUCCAUGGGACUCUCAAGAGUCUCCUCUAGCACCAUAAUUCAAAAGCAUCCAUUCUUCGGCGAUCAGCCUUCUUUAUGGUCCAGCUCUCACUUCCAUACAUUACUACUGGGAAAACCACAGCUUUAACUAUACGUACCUUUGUCAGUAAGGUGAUGUCUCUGCUUUUUAAGAUGCUGUCUAGGUUUGUCAUUGCUUUUCUUCGAAAAACAGGCGUCUUUUAAUUUUGUGACUGCUGUUACCAUCUGCAGUGAUAUUUGCUAACUUACUAGGAGUCAAAUACCAUCGGUACAGUGGUACCUCAGGUUAAGUACUUAAUUUGUUCCAGAGGUCCGUACUUAACCUGAAACUGUUCUUAACCUGAAGCACCACUUUAGCUAAUGGGGCCUUCUGCUGCCAUGCCGCCGGAGCACAAUUUAUGUUCUCAUCCUGAAGCAAAGUACUUAACCUGAAGCACUAUUUCUGGGUUAGCAGAGUCUGUAACCUGAAGUGUAUGUAACCCGAGGUACCACUGUACAUCAUUUUCAUGUCUUUUCACUUUCGAUCUCACACUGUAAUCAUGCGCAGGUGGAUGUUUUGUAUCCGGCAUGGCCGAGAAGAGAUCUUCGGGAGGACAGCAGCUUCUGUUGCUGUUGAUCAUCGCUGUGGCCUUCGUGCACCUAGCAGUCUGCCCGUUUGCAAAAGUGGAAGAGAGCUUCAAUCUUCAGGCCAUCCACGACAUCCUUUGGCACAAACUGGACUUCGACAAGGUGAACGGGAUGAUACUCAGGGAUUACGAUUGGUGUCCUGCUGAGUUGCUGGGUUCAUGGGACGAACGGGCGGACUUCACGCAACCAAGGAGAGGUUUUAACGCCUUCCGUUUUUAGCCUCUGGGUUUCGAUGGACGUGGUAGAAUAGAAAAAAACACCCAUUGCUUGAGGGAGUCAAAAGAGGAGCACCAUUAUGUUUUUUCUCUUGGGGUGAGAUUUGAGAUUAAGCACUUAAUUCUCAUCCCAUGUUCAGAGGCAUGGAUGAAAAAAGAAGCCGUAUUUAUGCCCCUCUAGAGAGGAAAGGAUGCGGGUUAAACCACAGAGCCUAGGACUUGCCGAUCAGAAGGUCGGCAGUUCAAAUCCCUGCGACGGGGUGAGCUCCCGUUGCUCAGUCCCUGCUUCUGCCAACCUAGCAGUUCGAAAGCACGUCAAAGUGCAAGUAGAUAAAUAGGUACAGCUCCGGCGGGAAGGUAAACGGCAUUUCUGUGCGCUGCUCUGGUUUUGCCAGAAGCAGCUUAGUCAUGCUGGCCACAUGACCCGGAAGCUGUACGCCGGCUCCCUCGGCCAAUAAAGCAAGAUGAGCGCCGCAACCCCAGAGUCGGUCACAACUGGACCUAAUGGUUAGGAGUCCCUUUACCUUCACCUUUAGAGAGGAAAAUGUUUUAUCACUUUAUUAUUCCUUGCGCAGAUGACGAAGUAAAGGCCGUUCCACAUCUGCUAAGCCAAAAUAUUUGGAUUGAAUUCAGUACAAGUCUGAUCCCCACAUAUGUAUAGAUAGGAAUUGGAGUCUAGCAACAGCAGGAGGGCAUGGGUGCCUCACCAAUAUUUUAUAUACCAUACUUUCCCGUCUAUAAGAUGCCCCCAUGUAUAAGACACCCCCUAUUUUGGGGGACUAAAAUUUAUGUAAAUGGGGGAGAUGACACAAAAUUGUUGAGCCUUUUUUUUAAGGAAGGAUUGUCCAAAAGUUGUUGGGCUUUUUUGCGGAGGAUUGCACAGAGUUGUUGAGCUUUUAUGGGGGGGAAUGCUGAAAAUUGCUCACCCACACAUGUCGCUAAAUCCAACUCCCAUCUGUCCCCUCGCCAGCAGAAGCUAAGCUGCAAAUCACCUGCCCAGUUGCUGCAUCAUCGGCCAAUCAACACCACCCAUCGACACAGCAACCAAUAACACACGCAAUAGCCGCUGACAGCCACAGUGGCAACCAAUCAAACGUCCACCCUAUCCACUCCCCAUGUAUAAGACCGCCAUAAUAAUAAUAAUAAUUUAUACCCCGCCCAUCUGGCUGGGUUUCCCCAGCCACUCUGGGUGGCUUACAACAAAAUAUUAAAAUACAGUGGUCUGUUAAACAUUAAAAGCUUCCCUAAACAGGGCUGCCUUCAGAUGUCUUCUAAAAGUCUGGUGGUAGUUGUUCUCUUUGACAUCUGGUGGGAGGCCGUUCCACAGGGUGGGUGCCACUACCGAGAAGGCCCUCUGUCCCUGUAACUUGGCUUCUCACAGUGAGGGAACCCCCAGAAGGCUCUCAGAGCUGGACCUCAGCAUCCGGGCAGAACAAUGGGGGUGGAGACGCUCCUUCUGGUAUACUGGACUGAGGCCGUUUAGGGCUUUAAAGGUCAGCACCAACACUUUGAAUUGUGCUUGGAAACGUACUGGGUGCCAAUAUAGAUCUUUCAAGACUGGUGUUAUGUAGUCUUAUACACUGAAAAGUAUAGUAAUCCUUCCAGAGGGAACUCGUGGGGAAGUGUACUGUAUUAGGCAAAUUGCUGCUUCAGGAAUUAGACUACUCAUCUUUUUAAUUACCGCCACAAAUACCAGCAGGGCUACUCUGGAGCAAAUACUUUGGAGAGCGCAUCCCCGUUUAUGCAGACCCACCGAAUUUAGAACUGCCAUUGCCAUAGAAUAUUUGCGCCUUCUAUUUUGUGGGUCAUAUACAGUCAUACCUCGUGUUGCGUUUGCUUCAUGAUACGCUUUUUCAGGCUGUGUCCCGCGGCGACCCGGAAGUACCAGAAAGGGUUACUUCUAGGUUUCGCCGCAUGCGCAGACGCGCAAAAUGAUGUCAUGUGCAGAAGCGGCGAAUCGCAACCCAAGCACGCGCAGAUGCGGGUUGCGUUCUGCUCAUGUUGCGAACGGGCCUCCAGAACGGAUCCCAUUCGCAACCAGAGGUACCACUGUAUUUGUUAUUUGCAACAUUUGUCGGCUACUUUUCUAUAGCCUCUUUGUUUUCCAACGACAGUACGAUCAUCACGAAUUUCCUGGCGUCGUCCCGAGGACAUUCCUUGGCCCCUUGUUUGUCGCCCUGCUUUCCAGCCCAGCCGUCUGUCUGCUGUCGCUGCUGCAAAUGUCCAAGUUUUACUCCCAGCUGAUAGGUAUGAGAUCUGUUGCUCAAGUCAAGAAAGGCCCUUUUCAGGAAUUGGGGGCGGGGGGAGCCUCUGUAAUAGUCUGCAAACUGUGGAUGAGGAAACCAUGAUCCUGGACUACAGCUCCCAUUAUCCCUUAGCAUGGACCAUACUUACUGGCGCUGCUGGGAGCUGUAGUUCAACAACAAUAAGUAGAUCGACAAUAUGAGAACACUUGCAACUUGUGAACGGGCUGCUUACAGACGCAGACUGGGAUAAAUAUGACAAUAUUUGGAAUGUGUUACACAAAAUGCAGUAGGCUAUUCAUAUUUACAUAAGUAUUGGAAUAAUAUCAAAUUCAUAUUUAAGGGUUAGGGUAUUUUUCGUAUAUAUUUAUAUAAUGCUUUUUCCCCUUUGCACAUUUUUGUGCCUUUCUAUUUUUCUGUCUUACCUGUUUUUUAGAUCACUUUAUUUCUUUAUAACUGGAAACUUGGAAUGAGUUAUACUAAAUGCAGUAGGCUACUAAUAUUUACAUAUUAAUAUGUAAAUAGGGCCUUCUCGGUACUGGCGCCUGCCUUGUGGAACGCCCUCCCAUCAAAUGUCAAGGAAAUAAACAACCACCUGACCUUUAGAAGACAUCUGAAGCAGCCCUGUUUAGGAAAGUUUUUAAUGUUUGAUUUUUUAAUGUGUUUUAAAUAUCCUGUUGGAAGCUGCCCAGAGUGGGAGUCCCGGCCAGAUGGGCAGGGUAUAAGUAAUAAAUUAUUAGUCGUAUUAGUAUUAGUAUUGGGAUAUUAAUAUCAAAUUUUUAUUUAUGGGUUAGGGUAUUUUUUCAUAUAUAUUCAUUUAAUGUUUUCUCCCCAACCUUUACACAUUUUUGUGCCUUUUUAUUUUUCUUUAUUUUCUGUUUCUGUGUAUCACUUUAUUUCUUUAUAACUGGAAACUUUGAGUUAUACAAAAUGCAGUAGGCCAUUAAUAUUUACAUAAGUAUUGGGAUAUUAAUAUCAAAUUUAUGUUUAUGUGUUAGGGUAUUUUUCAUAUAUAUUCAUUGAAUGUUUCCCCCCCAACCUUUACACAUUUUUGUGCCUUUUUAUUUUUCUCUAUUUUCUGUUACAUUAUAUCACUUUUUUUCUUUAUAAUUGGAAACUUUGAAUGAGUUACACAAAAUGCAGUAGCUAUUAAUAUUUACAUAAGUAUUAGGAUAAUAAUAUCAAAUUUAUAUUUAUGGGUUAGAGUAUUUUUUUUAGAGUAUUUUUUAUAUAUAUUUAUAUAAUUUCCCCCCUUUGCACAUUUUUGUGGCUUUUUAUUUUUCUCUCUUUUCUUUUUCUUUGUAUCUCUUUAUUUCUUUAUAACUGGAAACUCUGAAAAUAAUUGAAACUUGUCAAUAAAUUAUUAUUAUUAUUAACAGUGAAAAUAGUAAAAAUAAAAAACUUGUGGAGGGCCACAGGUUCCUCACCUCUGCUACAAUCUGUGAUGCAGUUAGAUUGCCAGAGUAAUCUUGUGACGCAGCAGUCGAUUCUUCCAUUUCUACUACAGAUAACAUUUGCCCUCCCUCCCCACCUUGUUUUAUUUCCAUGCAAGUCCGAGGAAGCCUGGGGCUGUGUGUGAUUUAUGCCUUGUGGCGAUUGCACAAAGAAGUGAGAAAGCAGUUUGGUCCGACCGUCUCCACGAUGUUCUGUCUCAUAACUGCGACGCAAUUCCACCUGAUGUUCUACUGCACUCGAACGCUCCCCAACGUGUUUGCACUACCCGUCGGUAAGCAGUUUUACCUGCCGUUGCCUUUAGGCUGAAAUAACUUGCUGCUUGAUCAGUGCUUAAUCCAGAAUGGAAAACGAACGAGGUCCUAACCAAAGAAGAAUGGCAACUUAAGCUGAUGGAAUAUGCGCAGCUUGUGGACCUAACAUAUAGAAGAAGAGAACAAGAAGAACAUGCGUUUAGAGAAGAUUGGAAAAUGCUUAUUGAAUAUAUGGGGGGGAAUGGCGUACAUUUGAAAAGGGGCAGCAUUAAGAUAAAUUCAACGGUGUAAAUAAGUUUGAUGAAUGGAAUAAUGGAAUACUGAAUGGUCUAGUUCAGGCACGUCCAACUUCCUUUUUUAAUUUUUUUUAUUGAUUUUAACAUAUAAAUUAUAAAAUGUACCACAAAACUUAUCACUUAUACAAUCUUUUUAGACUUCCAUCAGCACCUCUGAUGAUCCACCGUUUAAACCACUUCUUAUGCAUUUCUUAACUUUAUAUUGCCUUUACAUCUCUUAACAAAUCAUCCUUCCCCUUCUCCAUUUUUGCAAUACUUCCAAUAAUACUCUUCACAAAACUUCUUGCAAACCUACAAACGUUGUCUGAUCUUCACAAAUACUUUUCAAGUAGUCUGUAAAUUUACUGCAGUCUUCCAUGAAUUUCUGGUGCCGCCAGUUUCGAAUCCUUCCUGUUAGUUUAUCUAGUUCUGCAUAGUCCAUUAACUUCAUUCUCCAUUCUUCAAACGUCGGUAAUUCUUCUUGCUUCCAUUUUUGGGCCAGUAAUAUUUUUGCUGCUGUUAUUGCAUAUAAAAAGAGCUUAUAUUCCUUUCUAUUUAUAUCACUCCCCACAAUGCCCAGUAAAAAUGCUUCUGGUUUCUUUAUGAAAGUAUAUUUCAACAUUUUUUUCAUCACAUUAUAUAUCAUCUCCCAGAAGCAUUUCACCUUUUUACAUUCCCACCACAUGUGAUAAAAUGUUCCCUCUUUUUCUUUACAUUUCCAACAUUUAUUACUGACUUUAUACAUUUUCGCUAACUUGACAGGUGUUAUAUACCAUCUAUACAUCAUUUGCAUCACAUUUUCUUUUAGGGCAUUGCAUGCAGUAAAUUUUAAACCUUCUUUCCAUAAUUUUACCCAAUCACUCAGCUGUAUAUUAUACCCAAAAUCUUUGGCCCAGUGAAUCAUAACCGACUUAACCUCCUCGUCCUUCAAAUGCCAUUCAAGCAGCAGUUUAUACAUUUUAGACAAAAAUUUAGAAUCAUUACUUAAUAUCCAGGCACGUCCAACUUCCAAGAGACUGUGAUCUACUCACAGUAUAAGAAGAACAGCUGUGAUCUACCCAUUGUCAUUGCCAGGAGUUGUUGACCUUUUUUUUAGGGGAGAGUUGGCCGAAGUAUGCAAAAUUAAAAUUAACCAUGGGCAGAGAAGAAAUUGAUAUUUUAAGGUUGUUUAAAUCAAUGUUUUAAAUUGUAAAACAGAAAAUUUAAUGAAAAUUAUGUUGUUAUUUUUAAAACGGAACCCCAAAUCUGGUCACACUUUGACAGAUUCUUUUGUUUCUUUGUCCACCAGUUCUACUGGCAGUCACGUCCUGGAUUCAGCAAAAGCACCGCUCGUUCAUCUGUUUCUCAGCGUUGGCCAUUAUUGUCUUCAGAUCUGAGCUCUGCAUAUUCCUGGGUCUUAUGCUUCUGAUAACCCUAUUUAAUAAAAGGCUCUCCUUUGUGAAAAUGCUUUCCUAUAGCGUUCCUGCAGGGGCUCUCUGGCUAGGUAAGUCUUUUCUUGAAGACCCAUUUUUCUUUCACAUUGCUUUUAGUGUCGAUGCGUUUCUGUGAAGAACCGGAGGUUGGCUGUGGGUUAUUAGUAGCUAUUUUUAUUUCUGGUCUUGAACAGCCUUCCGAAAUGGCUUCAUUAAUUUUAUGGAUUGCUUGGCUGGACUCGGAGAUCUUUCUAAUUACUGUUCUGAAGUAUUUUACUGAAAUUGUGUUGUUGCUUUAUAACGAUAAAGGAAACUGCCUCGGGAGAAUUGUUUGCUUUGAAAGAUUGAAGCUGAAAAGCGACGAUGCCCUAGAAAUAUUUAACAAUUAAAAUGCACCUUUGGACUAGUGAAGAAAUAACCCCUUUCUAAAAACUAAGUCUUAAACACCUAACAUCAAAUAGCUAUUUUAUUUUUUUAUAUACAAUAUGGUCUCCAAAGAUAUUUCAAAUAACUUACCAUCAUAUAGUUUUUUUAUACAUACAUAACGUCUUCUAGACUUCCCACCCCACCUUUCCAUGUUUAUUUUUACUACUUUUUAUUAGCUGUUUUAAAACCUAUUAUCUAAGCCCUGAUAUCAUUAAUUCUUUCAAUAAUCUGCUGCUUAUAUUUCAAAUCCUGCCUGCGACUUCAACCCAGAGUGAAGGUUUUUAUUCCACUGUAAUUCAGAUUGUGUUUUAUGUCUUAUCUGGGAAGCAAAUUCAUUGCUUCAAGUGGGAAAAAGAAAAGAAAAGGUGUUUUCCUUUUCACUUUGGGAUUUUGCUUUCUUUUAGGCCUCACCGUAGCCUUGGAUUCCAUGUUGUGGAGGCAGUUUCUGUGGCCCGAGGGGAAAGUGCUUUGGUAUAACACCGUUUUAAAUAAAAGUUCCAACUGGGGAGUAUCCUUUAAUGUACAGCAUCAGUGAAGUCAGGUAUUCUGAGCUGGCAUGAUCGUCCCAGCUGAUGCCCUGUGAGUUUCUUUCUCUCUCUGAUUUUUAUUGCUUUUACAUAUAAUCACAUCGCGUGUCGAGGUCCCCAGGGCCACCCCAAUAACUCACACAUCACACGGAAUUUUUGUUUAAGGUUUUUGGCAUAAUUUUGGCCACAACUUUAUUAAAAUACAAACAAGUGAGUGGUUGCUUAGGCAUUGGUUGCGACUAUCUGCCCCCACCGUGGGGGACAGUCUGACAUUCCGCACGCCUGUGAAAGUCAGAAAAGGGGAAUACACUUGGGGGUAGCGACAGAGCAGGGAACCUGCCCUCAGCCCUCACCAAAUGCGACCAGGAGCUCUUGCAAUGGCCCGAGCCCCCUUGACAGAGUGGACAAGCAAUAGUUAGCCCCUGAUUCCUUUAACGGAAUCCCUCGCAGCAGCAGCAUUAGAGGAGCAGGCACAGCCAAUCCAUAAACCAAUGCCUAACCGCAACCUUACAAGUUGUGACGAUUUGUUACGCAGUAGGCAAAAACCAAAUGGCCCCAGCCAAUCAGCCAGAUGGACAAAAUUCCUACCAGGCCCCUGCCCCAAAGCAGACGACCCCAUGACAGGCACAGCAAGGUCAAAGCGAACAUCCCUAAAUAUAGGGAGGGGGGACGGGCAAUCUGAUGCACGGGCGAAAAGAGGAAACCCUAGCCUCCUGCAAAUAGUUUUAGCAUUUCUGGCUGUCAAUCAACAAAUGGCAACAUUAACUUUUCCCAACAACAAGGGAAGCCCAAUCGUAUCAGUGGCCAACGGUCAAUUAGCCUGUCCCACAACUUUGGAGUGUCCUGGCGGCCCCCACCACAACACAUGCUCUCCAUGAAGGAGAACACGCUUUACGUAACAUCGUAUCCUCUUAUUUUAUCUAUUUGGCUCGACUGAUUGAGACUUUCAAUUGUGAGUUUCGAGGCCCAUGUUGGGCAAAAGAUCCCUGCAUUAUAGGGGGUUGGACUAGAUGACCCCUGGGGUCCCUUUACGAUUCUAUGUAAACUUUGCCCUUUCACAAAGCUGUGCCAUAUGGGAACACAGUGGUACUUUGGUUCUCAAACUCAGUCCAUUCCAGACGUCCAUUCCAAGGCGCACUUUCCCAUAGAAAGUAAUGCAAAACGGAUUAAUCCGUUCCAGACUUUUAAAAACAACCCCUAAAACAGCAAUUUAACAUGACUUUUACUAUCUAGCGAGACCAUUGAUCCAUAAAAUGAAAGCAAUAAUCAUCAUACUGCACCAUAAAAUAAAUAAGGCAGUAUUGUAGAUGAAAAAAAAUUACAUUUAAUUUCUUUUCUUACCUGCACUGAUGAUAGUCAGCUUUUAUUCAUUUCUGCAAUCAAUCAAUCAAUCAGUAGCUGAACUGGGAUUCCACACAGUCACAAAAACAAAUGAACCGAAAAAGCCUCAAAAACGAAAACGCAAGAUAAAUAGCAAAAACAAAAGCGCCAAACUUAAUCCGUUCCGGAAGUCCGUUUGACUUCCGAAAUGUUUGAAAACCAAGGCGUAGCUUCUGAUUGGUGCAGGCGCCACGGAAACAAUAGCCAGCAGCUGCAUUGGACGUUCAGCUUCCGAAAAUGUUCAAAAACUGGAACACAUUCUUAGUGUUUCUUUAUUCCACUAAAAUAGAACUUUUGUCUUUAUUCAGGGCCUGUGAGUACGUAACAUGCUUCUUCACUGGAAACAUUCCAAAAGGCAGUUUUAAAAGAAAAUAAAAAUCCUUAACUCCAUUUUUGCAGACUUCUCCUUUCCUGUGGUAUUUUUAUUCAGCCAUGCCUCGUGCCCUGGGUUGCAGUAUUCUAUUCAUGCCGUUAGGUGCAGGAGAGAGAAGGACUCGAAUAUUACUUAUACCCACACUUGGCUUUAUUUUUCUGUAUUCCUUUCUCCCACACAAAGAACUGCGGUUUAUUAUAUACACUUUCCCAAUCUUCAAUAUUGUGGCUGCCAAAGGCUGCUCACGAAUGUAAGUUAAGAUUUUAAUUUUUUUAAUCCUUUCGUCCUUUGUUUUAUUGGUAAUGCAUUACUUGCCAGUUUUAGAAUCACUUUGAGUUGCCUCCUUCCAUCAAGGCUCACCUAACAAGGUAAAAUUGACCUGAAGGAAGAAAAAUGUGUGGAUUUAUGUUGGCCUAGAAGCCAUUCAUAUCCUCUCUCUCUGAGCCACCACAACGUGUGGGGUUCUUUUCUGUAUUUGAGUUGGAUAUAUUACAGGAAGACAAGAUCAGCCACCCCAACGUAUGUGUCGUCCCCGUCCCCCCAAUAUUUGAGUUGGAUAUAUUACGGGAAGACAAGAUCAGCACCCCUAAUGUCGGUUUUUUUCACCCUGUACAGUCAUACCUUGGAAGUCGAACGGAAUCCAUUCCGGAAGUCCAUUUGACUUCCAAAACAUUCGGAAACCAAUGCCUGGCUUCUGAUUGGCUGCAGGAAGGUCCUGCAGCCAAUUGGAAGCCCCGUCGGAUGUCCGAGUUCCAAAGAACGUUCACAAACCAGAAUACUCACUUCUGGAUUUCAAUCAUUUGUUUGGGAGCCAAGGCGUUCGACUUCCAAGUUACGACUGUGUUUGAGUUGGAUAUAAUACACAAAGACAAGAUCAGCCGCUAAGUCUCGUCUCCUUUUCUCCUUUGCAGUCUAAACAACUACAAGAAGUCUUGGUUGUAUAAGUUGGCAUCUCUCUUUGUUGCAGUACACCUUCUAGCUAAUGCUGUCUACUCGGGAGUAUCGCUGUAUGUUUCCCACUUCAAUUAUCCUGGAGGAGUCGCCAUGCAGAAACUCCACCAGUUAGUGUCUCCAACGGCAGGUGCGUGAAGCCGAGAUGAAACUUAAGGAAGAGACUUUUGGGCUCGGGUCCCGUGACAGUCCAUGGGGGGCAUCGUUUAUGCGUUUGCAAAUGCGUUGCUCGGCUUCGGGAAGCUGCUUUGAGGAGGCAGCUCGGAAUGGAGAAGCGACUGUCCUACGUUCACCGCAUAUGUCCAAUACACCGCGAUGCCACUGCGGCUGAGCGGCACCAGGUUCUCAACACUGCGAUGUAUCGCCAGCCAAAUGUUGUGAUACGGUGAUACAUUGUGAUGUUGAAAAGCUGGUGAAGAAAGGAGCUGUGUCGGGUCUGGUUCUGCAAGGCAAUGUGUUAGGGACCAUGUUGAGGAGGGUCCCCUCCUCCUAAUCCUGAUCCUGAAUCUUCUCAGGAGCAGGAGGACAGUAUAACAAUAACAAUAACAAUAAUUAUUAUUAUUAUUAUUUAUACUCCGCCCAUCUGGCUCGGUUUCCCCAACCACUCUGGGUGGCUUAUUGGAAUUGGAAGAGUGGUUUGCAGAGGGGCAUAGUUCAGAAGGCAGAAGCUGGGAAAUACUGGAUGGGGAAGAGCUAGCAGAAGAAACAGUAGGAGAGAGAGAGUUAACAGAUUCAGUCUCUGGGCAACACCCACUCCCCUUCCCCAAAGUCCCGGAGAGCUCAGAAAGUGUCACAAAAGAAAACACAGAGGCUCCAAGCACAGAUUACAAGAGGUAGGAGUGACGUACAUUAAUUGGGACGGAGCGGGGCAUGACCUUAAUUGGGAGCACCGCCAUUCUGGUUGGAUGUUUUCUUUUGUCCUUCCUUGUGUUUAUUAAAGAAGCUAACUGGUUAGAAUUCCCUUUCGUUUGAUCGGCCAUGGGGGAGGAAGCUGAUUCCCCGAAGCCUGACACAAUGCAGUGAGACAACCUCUGAUCCCUCAGCGGGAGUGACAGCAAAGUCACCCCAGUGCCUCGUGGGGCCCGGCCUGAGGUGGCCUGUUCCUCUGCACACAUCAGAGUGAGUCCAUCCCAACACCUGGCACACCGAGGGAAAAACGAGCUCCGUCGACUCUGGCGCCUUGCGGCCAGUGUGGUGUAGUGGUUAAGAGUGGUAGUCUCGUAAUCUGGUGAACCGGGUUCGCGUCUCUGCUCCUCCACAUUCAGCUGCUGGGUGACCUUGGGCUACUCACACUUCUUUGAAGUUUCUCAGCCCCACUCACCUCACAGAGUGUUUGUUGUGGGGGACGAAGGGAAAGGAGAAUGUUAGCCGCUUUGAGACUCCUUUGGGUAGUGAUAAAGCGGGAUAUCAAAUCCAAACUCCUCCUCCUCCUCCUCCUCUUCUUCUUCUUCUUCUUCUCUCAGUUUGAAGAGCAGAGCGUGAUGGCGCCUAAGUCUGGUGGCAUAUCGUGGGUGAACGGCGGCACCUCUCCUGACUUGGGAAUGGCAGCAGUUUCACCUGCGAUACACCGCCAGGCAAGGACGCCAUCGCACUCUGGUCCUCAAACCAGCCCCGGGUGAUGUAUCAAUGCAUUGCCCAGGCCAAGAUGCCACUUUGAGGUCACGGCUUCCUCCAAAGAAUUCUGGGAGCUGUCAUUUGUUAAAGGUGCUGAGAGUUGUUAGGAGACCACUGUUGUCCUCCCGGAGCUACGGUUCCCCAAAGUGGUUUUAAAAAGUCCCUCUUCACUAGGAACUCGUGGGGACCGCAGCUCUGGGAGGGGAAUGACAUCAUAGUGAGGAGGAUGACAUCACAGUGCUUAAAAUGUAUGCUUAAAAUGUGGCCAGUGGCUGAGGAAAAGGUUAAGUAGCCACCUAUGAAUUCACUGGUUUAAAUUCCCUGGGCGGCAGGUAGAUUGAGGGGCAGAUCUUUGUAGCAGGUCAGCAAAAAAUCCUGACUCUCAGUUGUUCAUUUGAUGUGGUGCUCUCUAGAUAUCGCUGGUCCAUCUGUCCCAGACAGCACAGCCAGUGGUUAGAGAUGAUGGGAGUUAGGGUCCAACAACAUUGGGGGGGGGGCAGCACGGUGGUCACCGCCAGCUUAACAGCAGCGGCAACAAUAAAGUCCGUCCCCCCCACAAAAUAACAUAAAAUAGGUUGACGAAAUAAGGAAAGCUUGGAGGAGAGAGGAAAUCGGAAAUGGAUUUCUGCAGGGAGGGACUCUGAGCUCGAUUCUGGUACUGGAAAGUAAUUAUUUUGCUGGGCUUGUGAUCAGAGGUACCAUGUUCUGAAUAAUAAUAAUAAUAAUAAUAAUAAUAAUAAUAAUAAUAAUAAUUUAUACCCCGCCCAUCUGGCUGGGUUUCCCCAGCCACUCUGGGCGGCUUUCAACAAACUAUUAAAAUACAGAUGUCCAUCAAACACUAAAAGCUUCCCUAAACAGGGCUGCCUUCAGAUGUCUUCUAAAAGACUGGUAGUUGUUUUUCUCAUUGACAUCUGCUGGGAGGGCGUUCCACAGGGCGGGUGCCACUACCGAGAAGGCCCUCUGCCUGGUUCCCUGUAACCUCACUUCUCGCAGUGAGGGAACUGCCAGAAGGCCCUCUGAGCUGGACCUCAGUGUCCGGGCUGAACGAUGGGGGAGGAGAUGCUCCUUCAGGUAUACUGGGCCAAGGCCAUUUAGGGCUUUAAAGAUCAGCACCAACACUUUGAAUUGUGCUCGGAAACGUACUGGGAGCCAGUGUAAUUCCAAGUAUAUGUCCAUUAUUUUACACCAGGCUCCAGCUGGCGGACAACACACGGGGUUGUACUAAAAAGCAUGUAAAUUCUCCCUACCCCAGUGUUGAUUAAGUUUUACUCCUUCCCUUCAAGCGUUUCUGUCUUGAGCUCCUGUUUAUUUAGAAGCACUGUUUCGUUCUCUCCUCAGAUGUUUCCGUCCAUAUCGAUGUAGCUGCAGCGCAGACCGGAGUGUCUCGGUUUUUAGAAGUGAAUUCGCAUUGGAAGUAAGAUUUUUUUAAUAUAAUAAUAAUUUUUAUUAGUUUUCCAUUGCAGUCCAGUAACAGCCUCAUUAUAACUAUACCAAUUUAUAAUACAAUUAUUAAUACCAUUUGUUCAAAUUCCGAAUUGUAUAAUUUAGAUACAGUGGUGCCCCGCAAGACGAAUGCCUCGCAAGACGGAAAAACCGCUAGACGAAAGGGUUUUCCGUUUUGGAGGUGCUUCGCAGGACGAAUUCCCCUAUGGGCUUGCUUCGCAAGACGAAAAUGUCUUGCGAGUCUUGAGAUUUUUUUUUCGCUUUUCCCCCCCCUUUAUCUAAUCUGCUAAGCCUUUAAUAGCCUUUAAUAGCCUUUUAGCAGCUAAUCCCCUAAGCCUUUAAGCCUUUAAUAGCCACUAAACCGCUAAUAGCGCUAAUCCGUUAAGGCGCUAAUAGGGUUGCUUCGCAAGACGAAAAAACCGCUAGACGAAGACUCUCGCGGAACGGAUUAAUUUCGUCUUGCGAGGCACCACUGUAAAGUGUUGCACGACAACUGAUAUUCCUGCAUUGCAGGGGGUUGGACUAGAUGACCCCUGGGGUCCCUUCCAACCCUACAAUUCUAGGAUUCUAUUAUUUUAUCAUUAAUAUUAAACAAUUUAUUUAUUUAUGCUUUUCAAGUUUAUACAUUUCACUAAUUUUACAGUCAUUUUGACAUUUCAAGAUUUCCUUCUGCCUCUUUCUGCACUUUCUUAAAUUUGUUUAUCGUACCUUCUGUAUAUCCAAAUUAAUUGAAUUUACUCAUUUAUUCAUCUUCUUUAAAUAUAUACUCUUAUAAAACUGCAGGUUAUUACCAUAAUCCUGCCCAUGUUUUUACAGUGGUGCCCCGCAAGACGAAUGCCUCGCAAGACGGAAAACCCGCUAGACGAAAGGGUUUUCCGUUUUGGAGGUGCUUCGCAAAACAAAUUUCCUAUGGGCUUGCUUUGCAAGACGAAAAUGUCUUGUGAGUUCCUGAGGGGUUUUUUCCUCCCCCCCUUUUUCCCAAGCCGCUAAGCCGCUUAUCAGCUGAUCCGCUAAGCCGCUUAACAGCUGAUCGCUAAGCCGCUUAUCAGCUGAUCCGCUAAGCCGCUUAACAGCUGAUCCGUUAAGCCACUAAGCCGCUUAUCAGCUGAUCCGCUAAGGCGCUUAACAGCUGAUCCGUUAAGCCACUAAGCCGCUUAUCAGCUGAUCCGCUAAGCCGCUUAACAGCUGAUCCGUUAAGCCACUAAGCCGCUUAUCAGCUGAUCCGCUAAGCCCGCUAAGCCGCUAAUAGCGCUAAUCCCCUAAACCGCUAAUGGGCUUGCUUUGCAAGACGAAAAAACCGCAAGACGAAGAGACUCGGGGAACGGAUUCUUUUCGUCUUGCGAGGCACCACUGUAUCUGUUUAUAAUUUAUCGGUAAAUAUUCAAUAAACCGUUUCCGUUCUUUUGUAAAAAAUAAUAAUAUGAAAAUGUUAUCUUGAUAUCUUAUUCUUCUUAAUACGAAUAAGAACUAGGAUUCUAUUCUAGAUGCAGUUUUGGCUUUUGACGCAAUCUGCAAAUUCAGUAAAGUUGUGGGCUUACUAUAUCGCCAGAGUUCACAAAGGAAUCUUCCCAUUUCCCAUUAAUGGAAAUCUAGGCAAAUCUUUUUCCCAAACUGGGCAGCGCUUCGCCUUCAGAACUGCCUAAAUUCAGUUAAAUGGAUGUCAGCACGAUUAAGAUGUGUGUGAGAAGCCUCGGCCCUUCGGCAGGAGCCCGUGUUUCAGCUCUGAGCACCUACAUAAACUCAGUGACUCAUAUAGGACACCUGAGCUGCCUUUUCAUCGCCGUGCCUCAAAUCUGCCUCAAGAAAAAUGGCUGGUGGCUGAUUGUCUUCCUCCUGUGACUGACGGCGCAUCAGCUUGACAGACAUGCUAACGCAAGGCAUGCUCUCUAUCAUCUGGGCAAAACCAGGAUGAAAGGACGGGGCUGAAUAAUAGUGUUUGGCAGAGCUUGCACCUUAAUGACAGCUUCUUCAGUAGCCGGGGGCAAAGUAUUACUCCAGGAGUCGGCCAGGUGUUUGGUUUUCUCCUGCAAGCAUCCCAUACUUAGUGUUUCAAUUAGCAGCUAGCUUAGAUUACGUGCAGCUGGCAACUGCAACCCAAUUUAUGAGGGCGGGAGCAUCUGCCCAGUGACGGGCCAGGUUCCUCAAACAAAAAAGUCUGCACUGUUUUGCACAAGACGUGUUCUUCAUACUUAGGGAUGGAGGGAGAUUAUUCUGAGGAGCAGACUGCCCUGUUGUUGUUCUUUUCUGCCGGACCUUGGCCAACCUGGUGCCUCUUAGAUAUUUUGGGCUGCAGAUCCUGUAGUUCAGAUAGGCUGCGCUGCUAACACAGGGCUGAAGACAUUAAUGGGUGCGAUUAACUGGAGCCAGUCAGCCUGGCUAUUCCCUUAGCUCCCCGGGUGUCUAUGCACAGCCUACCUUUCCCUGAUGCCGGAGGAAGCCAAGCGAGUGUUGCAGAGCUGAUGCACAAGGGUGAAAAAGUAGGGGAACAAUCAGAACAAUUUGUCACCCAUUGCUAGCGAGGAAGAGUCGUAGUGGUCUGCUACAGAAGUUUGCAUCACCUUCUGUGCGGUUUGUGAGAAGAGCCAGGGUGGCGUAACUGUUAGAGUGCCAGACUAGGACCUUGGGAGAGCAGGGUUCAAAUCCCCAAUCAGACAGUGAAGCCCUCUGGGUGCCCUUAGGCCAGUUGCCAUCUCUUAGCCUAACCUGGGACGCGGGUGGCGCUGUGGUCUAAAUCACUGAGCCCCUUGGGCUUGCCGAUCAGAAGGUCGGCGGUUCGAAUCCGGACAACGGGGUGUGCUCUUGUUGCUCUGUCCCAGCUCCUCCCCUAUCAGUUCGAAAGCACACCAGCGCAAGUAGAUAAAUAGGUACUGUUACAGCGGGAAGGUAAAUGGCGUUUCUGCGCGCUCUGGCUUCCAUCAUGGUGUCCUGUUGCGUCAGAAGCGGUUUAGUCAUGCUGGCCACAUGACCUGGAAAGCUGUCUGUGGACAAACGCCGGCUCCCUUGGCCUGAAAGCGAGAUGAGCACCAGAACCCCAUAGUCGCCUUUGACUGGACUUAACCGCCCAGGGUUCCUUUUACUUUUUUCAUCUCACUGGGUUGUUGUGAAGAUGAAAUAUGGGAGGGGGGGGUGGACGGUUAAGUCCAGCUUUCCAGGUCAUGUGGCCAGCAUAACUAAACCACUUCUGGCGCAAUGGAACACCAUGAUGGAAACCAGAGCGCAUGGAAACGCCGUUUACCUUCCUGCCGGAGCGGUACCUAUUUAUCUACUUGCACUGGCAUGCUUUCGAACUGCUAGGUUGGCAGGAGCUGGGACAGAGCAACGGGACCUCACCCUGCCACGGGGAUUCAAACCUCUGACCUUCCCAAGAGGCUCAGUGGUUUAGACUCCAAGUUAAAAAGGUAAAGGUACCCUUGCCCAUACGGGCCAGUCUUGACAGACUCUAGGGUUGUGCGCUCAUCUCACUCUAGAGGCCGGGAGCCAGCGCUGUCCGCAGACACUUCCGGGUCACGUGGCCAGCGUGACGAAGCUGCUCUGGCGAACCGGCACCAGCGCAGCACACGGAAACGCCGUUUACCUUCCCGCUAUAAAGCAGUACCUAUUUAUCUACUUGCACUUAAGGGUGCUUUCGAACUGCUAGGUGGGCAGGAGCUGGGACCGAACGACGGGAGCUCACCCCGCCGCGGGGAUUCGAACCGCCGACCAUGCGAUCGGCAAGUCCUAGGCUCUGUGGUUUAACCCACAGCGCCACCCGUGUCCUAGACUCCAAGUUAGGUGUGUAUAAAGUAGCGACCUCCACUGACCAUUAGGCGUUGUGUCUAAAAUAAGGCUCAAUGCUGCAUAGGAAUCACAUCCGCUGAACUUGAAAUCAUUGUCCUAAUCUCAGAUGCUUUGGAAUAGACCAAGACUGAUGGAAGGGAUGCAGUUCUAUUUGUUAUUCACAAACCUCAAGUCUGAUUUAGCAUUAAGGGCAGGUUCCAGUUUUUAAUUUUUUAAAAAGAAUAAAGACAUCAAAACGCUCUUUACAUCUUGGCCGUAGACACAGUUUGCAAAUGAGGUAGAUUUAAUGAGAUGUUUACUGGACCAGUAUUUUAUGUGCACAUCAUGUUCUCCGUUCUGUCUGGAAAAUGCGGCUAAAUCGCCUGAAGCAUCCCCAAAGAAACUUGUUUCAAUUUUAAUGCCUCUCUCUUGGGCAUUGUUAAUAGCAAAGGGAAGUACACGUUGCUUAGGAUUUGGGGAGGCGAAUAAGAUGUGCAGCUUUUUGCAAUCGGAAUAGUGGGCAGGGCUGCAUUUAGUCAAUGCGCACAGGCAUUCUGCCAUUGCUACAAGUUGGGUAGCUGUGCCCUGUUGCCGCUUCAGCCCCAUGGAAAAGGCUUGAUGCCCCCUAUCACGGGCUCGCCGUGGUGUAGCUCCUUCCACUGCCGGUUGGCAGCCCAUUCCAGUCGUGUUUCAACGUGCCAUUCCGACCUAUGCCCACUUUGUCCUACACAAUUGAUUUGGGUACAGUGGUAGCUCGGGUUAAGAACUUAAUUCGUUCUGGAGGUCCGUUCUUAACCUGAAACUGUUCAUAACCUGAGGUGCCACUUUAGCUAAUGGGGCCUCCCACUGCUGCUGCGCUGCCGGAGCACAAUUUCUGUUCUCAUCCUGAAGCAAAGUUCUGAACCUGAAGCACUAUUUCUGAGUCUGUAACCUGAAGCGACUGUAACCCGAGGUACCACUGUAUUCGUGACAUCUAUGCUAGAUACUCUUUGGGGUAGAUAGUGACAGAUUUCAGUGUCUGCAGGUCUAAUGUUGCACCUCCCCUUUCUGCAAUAGCUGCCACGAUCCUUUAUUUUUUUUAAAGAAAUGAUAGUGCAAAUAAGUAUCUGUGCUAUUCACUUACAAAACAGUAGGGCGAUGAGAUAGGCAAAACAGCCUAGUUUUUAAAAAAUUGCCCAAGUUUGGCAUUUUUUUAAAAAAAUCUUCCUUGCUCCCUAGAACAUCAUAGAUAACUUCCCAUGUUUCUUUCCACACUGUUUUAUUUAUGGCCCAGGAGUUGAAUGUGGUUCGCAGACCUAUCUUCUCCUGGGCAAACUGCCUAGGCUACUCUGUCUCUCAGACUGUGCUCUGCCCCCUUCUGUAGUCAUUUUUGAGGGACUGGAAUGUGACCUUGAAUGAUGAUGCCCCUCUCUUGCCCGGAAAAAGGAUGGGGAGUUGUGCGUGUGAAGGUUGUCCUUAUGAGAAUGUGGCUCUCCAAUAACAUGCUGUUAUUCUUUGAAGGAGAACUACUUGAAAAUGAUUUACAGAUGGUAUUUAACUUCAAGUAGACUUGCUAAGAUGUAUAAAGACUGAAUCAGAUAGGUGCUGGAGAUGCAAAGAGAUGGAGGGAAUGUUCUUUCAUAUGUGGUAGAUUUGUAAAAGGGUAAAAGUGUACAGUGGUACCUCGGGUUACAUACGCUUCAGGUUACAUACGCUUCAGGUCACACACUCCGCUAACCCAGUGCUUCAGGUUAAGAACUUUGCUUCAGGAUAAGAACAGAAAUUGGGCUCCGGCGGCGCAGUGGCACCAGGAGGCCCCAUUAGCUAAAGUGGUGCUUCAAGUUAAGAACAGUUUCAGGUUAAGAACAAACCUCCGGAAUGAAUUAAGUACUUAACCCGAGGUACCACUAUAUUGGGAAAUGAAUGAUCCAUAAUGAUUUGAAAAAAAAAAUGUUUAAAAGUACUUUCCCCCCAAAACCCAGAGUCCUUUCUGUUGGGGAUAAUUCAGACUGAAAUUCCCAGGUGUCAAAAACGGUUAUUUAUGUAUGCCACUACUGCAACCUUUUAUUUUAUUAACCCAAAAAUGGAAAACAAGCGAGGUCCCAACCAGAGUGGCAACUUAAACUGAUGGAAUAUGCACAGCUUGCGGACCUAACAUAUAGACUAUGAGAACAGGAAGAUCAAACAUUUAGAGAAGAUUGGAAAACGCUUAUUGAAUAUAUGGGGAAUAACUGUGUACAGCUGAAAACGCUGGCAGCAUUAAGAUAAAUUCAACAGUGUAAAUAAGUUUUGAUGGAUGUUAUAAUGGAAUGCUGAAUGGUAUAGUUUCUGUAAAAUAUGCAAGGAUUUAUGAUAUGCAAAAUGAACUGUGGAAAGAGAAGAAAGGAAGUCAUUUAUAGUUUAGGGAUGUAAAAAUGAGUAAAACAGAAAAUUUAAUAAAAGUUAUAUGCAAGAGAGAGCGAAAGAGAGAAAAUGUGGCUCUGGAGCCCCACCACAACCCAAAUCCUUCCACGCUGGAACACUCUCAACCAUUUCCCCCGCAUGUGAAAAUAAUAAUAAUAAUAGUAAUAAUAAUAAUAAUAAUAAUAAUAAUAAUAAUAAUAAUGAUGAUAGUUUUAUUAUGCUCCCACUACUUGCUUAUUUCCAGACUGGAGCAAUGGUCUUACUUUUGAAAAGAAAAGAAAAAAACUAAUAGCAGUUUCUUAUUGCUUAUUCCCUUAACAGGUAUGACAAACGGGAAGACCUCAUGCCAGGUGACCCACUCAUGUUUUCAUACACACAUAUACUUAUGGAGAUGAACCCUGUUCAUUUGUCACAUUACGAGAAGACUCACAGAGUGCUGGCGCACAUACAUGGGACCAGUGGGAUCAGAUUGAAUUUUACUGUGCUGCCUCCUGUUUCUUUGAACUUGAAAUCCAAAUUAGUCUUGUUGGAAAAGUUCCCCACGUCGGCCGGAACGUAA